UGCCCCCACGUCCGGCGGCGGCCGCGCGCGCCUGCGCCGCCCGGUCACGUGCCCGCGGCGGCGAGCGGAGAGCAACGGCGCCAUGGCGGUGCCGAGCGGAGGUGUGAAGGAGGACACGUUCAAAGUGCUGGACCUGGCGGAGUACACCAAGAACCGGCCCUGGUGGCGCAAGGUCUUCGCCCCCAGCUCGGGGUCGAGCGCUGAGAAAUACAACGUGGCCACACAGCUGCUGAUUGGAGGGGUCACGGGAUGGUGUACUGGAUUCAUCUUCCAGAAAGUUGGGAAGCUGGCAGCGACGGCGGUGGGAGGUGGCUUUUUCCUACUUCAGAUUGCAAACCACACGGGAUACAUCAAAGUGGACUGGAAGCUAGUAGAACGGGAUGUGAAUAAAGCCAAGCAGCAGCUGAAAUUUCACAGCAGCGGUAACAAAAUGUCUCCAGAAGUGAAAAGCAAAGUGGAUGAGGUGAUCAUAUUUUUGAAGAAGAAUGUUAUCCUGACUGGAGGGUUUGCUGGAGGAUUCCUGCUCGGAAUGGCAUCCUAGAAACUGCACUCUGUUCAUGCCUAGUCUCCCCUGCCCUCCUCUACUGCUGUUUUCUCUCACUUAGAAGUCAAAGGAAGUUGCCGACGGGCUCAGUCCCUUCUGCUUACAGGUUCCAGUCCUUAUUUCUUACAACACUGUUUCUGAUUUCCAAAGUUUUCCCCGGUCUGGGCUGUUAGGGUGCUGGGAUUGAUCUGAAAGCUUAUGACUCCCAGUGGUUCCUUUUCCCACCAAAUAUGCCCAGUCCCAAAUUUUCUGAUGAGUUGCAGCCUCAUAAACAUGUAGUGGCAGAGAAAUCUCUUAAAUGCGCGUCUUCCCAGGUGCUCAGGCUGUUACAUGUACAUUUGUACAGUACGCGUGUACAACAGCUGUCAGCUGUUCACCGCUAUUUAGCUUGCACUUUUUCUGCCCCGACACCUGGAAAGCCUGUGCUUCCCUCUGUACAGAGAUGGUGUGUGCAGUCCAAAAUGUGCUUGGGUGUCCUGGUGGGGGGUGGGAUGCAGAAGUGUCAGGGGACAGCCUGGGCUGUGUCCAGGGCAGGUGGAUAAGGAGCAAGUUCAUGCUGUGUGUGAUGCUUGGGGGUUCUCCUGCCCUCCCCCUCCCGUUGCACUGCACGUAGAUGGCCGUUUGGCUUUUCCUCUGCCGUUAUUUAUACCCCUUACUGGAAUCGCAGCACUGGCACUGCUGAUGGAAACUGAGCACCGUGGGUGACUCUACAGGCCCUUUCCUCAUCAUGUGUUCUGAAAGUCACCAAGCUUCUUGCACUGUAGAGUGCCUUCCUCGCUUGCUAGCUGACUGCUCAGCCUUUGAAAUGUGCUGAGGUGCUCUCUUGUGGUGGGCAGGCUUCCAGCGUGCUUGACCUGUCUGUGUCAGGCUAGCUGGCACAGGGGAUCUGCGUUUCAGCUGUGCUGCUUACUGUAAAUCACCUUGGGCCUCUCACUGGUGUCUGCCGUGACCUUCUCUGGCCACUUCGGCAUUGGUGAUGCUCUUAGAGCUGUAGCCGUGUGAGACAGGAAGUGCAUCCCUGUUUAGGGUACAUUGUACUGGUCCAGGGACCCUGUUUGCCAGCUGUUCUGGAGUGGUGGCAGGGGAGGAUGUGAAAUCUGGAGUGCAGUCCUUCACCUGCCUCUGCAGAGCACAAACUCCAUCCCCUUGGUCUCUGCAAGCAACUGAAAUGACAAAACUGUUGGGAAAAACAGGUUGUGCUCUUGUGGGAGUGGCUCAUUUCCAUACUUUCUACCUUGGUUAUUUUCUUUCCUUCUUUGCAUUUGUCAUUUCCACAAAAAAAGCUGCUUGCUUAAUCCCAUCAUUUGCAACCGUUCUCCUGCAGGUGAUGAGGCAGCCCAGAUGCAGAGCUCAGCUCUUUUUGGACAGUCUGUCCCAGUGCAGCUGGGUGUGUGUCCCCCCCUGCAGAGCAGAACUCUAACCUAGAAGAGAAAAUUACCAAAAAAAAACCCCCAAAAUCCCUCAGAGGUGUUCUCCAUUGGCUGUGCUGGGCUGGCAUUACCACUUUCCAGUGUCCAGGGACUUGCAUGACGGCUGGGUGAUAUCUUCCAGCAGGGACAUGUAGGAGUUCUUGCCAAGAAUGGUUUUUUUUAUGUUUUCUCAUCUUGCAGUGGGAAACAUGCUAGGGAAUGAUGAUGCGCACGGGUGAUUGGGACACAGCACCUGUCUCUGCGGCUGCACCCCAUCUCUGGUGCUGUGUAACGCCUUUCUGAUCAUCUCUGCUGCUCUCAGCAUGGCUAGAAACGGGGAUCUUCCCCCGAGAGCUGCCGGAGGAGCUGGAACAGUGGGUUCUUCCACCAGAGGUUUUGGGAUGAGCACUUGCAGUUGUCAAUUUUGCUUCAUCUCUGUUGAUUGUCAGUGUAGCAACACAUUGGUUUAGCUGAGGUUUUCUCACCUUCAGGAUCUGAAAAGAAGCUGCAGGUAAUCAGGAAACAGAAGUCGGUCUCUUCGCUCCUGUCCUGCCCUACGUGGCCAAGGAGAAUGAGGAGCAGCUGGGCUCCCUUCCUUUUAAUGAUGGUCUUCCUAAAAGCCAUCCAGGACAGAAGGAGUGAUGUGAAGCAGCAAAUACAUCUUCAGUAAAUUGGUGUUUGGGAGUGGAAUGACAGAGGAUGGUGGUGGUUUGGAUUUUUUUUUUUGUUUGUAGGAGCCCUGCAAGGCUGAACGUGCAUGAAUUGAUAGGUUUGUGUUGCAGGGUGUCUCUUCCUCCUGUAGGAAAACAGCGUUGCUCCCCCUCUGCCUGGUGUGCUGUAUAACACAACUUCUUCCGAGGUGCACUAAUCUCCACAAAGCUUUCUCCAGCGACGAAGGUCAAAGUAAAUCAUUAACAGACCGUAGGGAUGUUUUUUCACGCUCAAAUAAGUCACAGUUUCUGCCCGGCCCCAGGGAAGGGUGUACUGGGUUCUGCUCCACAGGGUCCCGACUUGCUGCUAUGGAGAGAAAUGGCCCAGAGAGGGAGCUAAAACGCCUCAAUUGCUGCUGGAAGGGGAAACAAGUGACAAAUUCAUGUUGAGUUUGAUGGGAAUGCAGGCAGGGAACAGACAAGGACAGCGGGAUCUGGCAAAUCUUUCUGCUGUGCCAGUGUCGGGCUCGUGGCUGGCACUGUUUGAUGCUGUGGGCUCACACUGGAAGCUUUGAUGCUGACUCGGCCUCUGUUGGGAUGCAUUUUCAUUGUUGCAGGUGCCAAGAUGAGGUGUUUCCCCACGCCCCCACCCACCCCUGCUCUUUUUGGUCUUGUUUCAACAACUUCUGGCGUCUGUUCCAGUAUGAGAAGGUGUAAAACACACUAGGCUUUUAAAGUGUUUUUAUAUAUUGUAUGUAAAUGCUUGUUGAAGUGAUAUUUUAUUAAACGGUUUUGCUCUAAUA